AUGGGCAUCAAGAACUACUUUCAUCCGGCCGGCACAGAUGCACCUCCCCAGAAACCAGCUGCCGCUGUCACGGCACCAGCACGGUCAAAGCCCUCUGGGUUUCCAUCUCUAUCUUCGAUGAAGUUUGGCUCGAAGCAGUCACCUGUCGCUGCGGCUCCAAAUAAUGUUGAGCUCAGCAGCAUCCCAUCAUCAAACACCUCGCAGGUUGUCAGGUCUCCAGCGCGGCCAGCGUAUCCUGGCGGUGACUUCAGAAAUAGCACCUCACCGCAACUGGCAGACAUGAAAGCUGAUGUUAUGUCGAAUUGGCUUUAUCACCAGCAACGGGAGAGGAUGUGGACGCAGGGAGGGUGGGAUGAGGGAGUGAUCAUGAAGAAGGCAAGAGACGACUAUAUCUCCUGCCCGACAGAACUAGUGCAGCACAGGAAUGGCUUCUAUGAUUCUAUCAAAAAGCUUAAUGUGAAGUGUGCUUUGACCAUCAAUACACAGGUCAUCAAGCUUUUCCUUCGCAGUACCGACAUGCACUACGUUCCCCUUGACAAUGGUCUCCGGAUCCAAGUUUUGCCGAACGUUAACUACCUUCCGGAAUGCCAAAAACAUCACUUUGCAGCCUUCAUCCAAGAACCUUCAAUGUUGGUCGUGUGGGAUGAUGACCCAAAUCAUCUUCUAUCUCGAGCCCAAAACGUAGAAGACCAGCUCAUGAAGAUGAUAUGGGAGGACGACGAGGAGCAUGAAAAGGGUAGUACCGCGGUAACAAGCAAGGUCCCGAGCAAAGCUCCGAGCAAGAUGGGAAGCCGUGCGCCCAGUGUUUACAUUGACGAAGUCUACGGAUCACAAGACGGCCACAUCGAAGAAGGUCUGGCCGAGGCACCUCGAAAGAUUGUGCUCAUCCAGCCAGUACUGACAGCAAUCACGCUCAUUCUGGUCAUUGCAGCGCUUGGAGCUGGAUGGAGGCAGAUUGCUCUUGAAGUGACAGUGGACAAGGGGUGGUUAAGGCUAGCUUUUGUGGUCGUUGUUCCACUCCAAAUCUGGCUCGCUCUGUUCUUCAUGCAAUCCCUCGCUGGCUGUGUCGCGCAGAUCAUAGGUCCCAUCAGUCAAAUGACCGAUAACACCAAGUUCUUCUCCGGAACAGCUCCGCCACGUAUACACCAUGAAACGCUACCCCAUGUCACGAUCCAGUGUCCGGUGUAUAAGGAGGGUCUCUGGUCUGUGAUUGAUCCAACCGUGAAAUCGAUCAAGGAAGCAAUCUCUACCUACGAAAUGCAGGGUGGCUCGGCCAACAUAUUCAUCAACGAUGAUGGUAUGCAGUUGAUCUCGCCAGAAGACGCUCAGCAACGGCGGGAAUACUACGAAGAGCACAAUAUCGGCUGGGUUGCUCGUCCAAAGCACAACCCCAAGCCAGCCGACGGAGAGAAGGCGUUCAUCCGACCGGGCAAAUUCAAGAAAGCUUCGAACAUGAAUUAUGCUCUUUAUGUGAGCGCUCGGGUAGAAGACAAGCUCGCCGUCUUCCAACGCGAAGGCGUUUGGUCGCAACAACAGGAGCGAGAUCUCUACGACAACGCACUCUCGCAGGUCAUCGAGGAGGAUGAAGGCCGCACCUGGGCGGAAGGAAAUGUUCGGAUCGGCGACUAUAUCCUGCUUAUCGACUCUGACACCCGUGUCCCCAGCGACUGCUUCCUAGACGCUGUGAGCGAGAUGGAGGCAUCACCACAGGUGGCCAUCAUCCAAUUCUCUUCUGGCGUGAUGAACGUCACCGAUACCUUUUUCGAAAGAGGCAUCACAUUUUUCACCAACCUGAUCUAUACCGCAAUUCAGUUCGCGGUGGCUAAUGGUGACGUUGCCCCAUUCGUUGGUCACAAUGCUUUCCUCCGCUGGUCUGCCGUACAAGACAUUGCAUAUCUUGGAGACGACGGUGUCACGGAGAAAUAUUGGUCUGAAGCCACCGUCUCUGAAGACUUCGAUAUGGCUCUUCGACUGCAAACCACUGGAUAUGUCCUGCGUCUUGCCGCUUACGCUGGUCAGGGAUUCAAAGAAGGUGUGUCGCUGACUGUUUACGAUGAGCUUGCUCGAUGGGAGAAAUAUGCCUACGGAUGCAACGAGCUGAUCUUCCAUCCCAUGCGAUACUGGAUAUUCCGAGGACCUUUUACACCUUUAUUCCGACGGUUCAUGUGCAGCAACAUGCCUCUGCCUUCGAAACUUACGAUCAUGGCGUAUAUCGGUACCUACUAUGCCAUUGGCAGUGCCUGGAUACUCACCGUGGCGAAUUACCUCCUGGUUGGAUGGUACAACGGAUGGCUUGAUCUCUACUAUAUCGACAGCUUCAAGAUCUAUUUCUCUAUCGUUCUCGUCUUCAGCGCUCUCGGCAAUUUUGCUCUUGCCGUCCUUCGAUACAGAAUUGAAGAGAGGAGUUUGUUCGGCUCCCUUUUCGAAAACCUGAAAUGGGUACCUCUCUUGACGGUUUUUCUAGGUGGUAUCUCGCUUCAUGUCUCCCAGGCACUCCUCUCGCACAUGUUCAGCAUUGACAUGUCCUGGGGUGCUACCGCGAAGGAGGCAAGCGACACGUCAUUCUUUGAAGAAGUCCCUCGCAUUUUGAAGAAGUUCAAGGUCACCUUCAUUUGGUGCAUAUUCAUGAUCACCGCUAUGAUCGUUUUGGGUGGUGUUGGACCUGUUGGCAAGUUGGUGCCGUAUCAUUGGCACAUCAACGCCUUUACUGCCAUUUGGCCGUUGGUUACUAUCGUUGCCAGUCACUUUUUGUUGCCUAUCGUUUUGAAUCCUGGAUUGAUGCUGUUCACCUGGUGA